CGCGUGCGGUGACGUCACGGUGGUAAGAUGGCGGCAACAGACGGAGGCGCGUCGGGCGGCAGCGGUGAAGACGCGUUUCAAACCUAUUAUUCAGAGGUGAAACAGAUCGAGAAGAGAGACUCGGUUUUAACCUCCAAACAGCAGAUCGACAGGUUGCUGAGACCUGGUGCUUCAUAUUUUAAUCUGAAUCCGUUUGAAGUGCUUCAGAUCGACCCUGAAGCCACAGAUGAGGAGCUAAAGAAACGAUUUCGACAGUUGUCAAUCCUCGUCCAUCCAGACAAGAAUCAGGAUGAUCCCAACCGGGCGCAGCUGGCGUUUGAAGCGGUUGAUAAGGCCUAUAAGAUGCUGCUGGAAUCCGAUCAGAAGAAGAAAGCUUUAGAUGUGGUUCACGCAGGGAAGGAGUAUGUGGAGCACAUGAUGGCCCAAAAGAAGAAGCAGUUGAAGAAGGACGGGAAAGACUCAGUUGUGGAGGAGGACGACCCUGAGCUGUUCAGGCAGGCGGUUUAUAAACAGACCAUGAAACUCUUUGCUGAGCUGGAGAUCAAGAGAAAAGAGCGAGAAGCAAAGGAUAUGCAUGAAAGAAAGAGGCAGAGAGAGGAGGAGAUUGAGACGCAGGAGCGAGCGAAGAGAGAGAGAGAGUGGCAGAAAAACUUUGAGGAGACCCGUGAUGGACGUGUGGACAGCUGGAGACAUUUCCAGGCCAAAGGAAAAACUAAGAAAGAGAAGAAGAACCGAACCUUCCUGAAGCCGCCCAAAGUCAAAAUGGAGCAGCGAGAAUAAGACCCGCUUCUCUUCAUUCUGUACAUAUUAGAAUUGUGAUUCAUAUGUAGUAUACAAGAAAAGUCAUAGCAUGAUGUUGUUGUUUUUCUAACUCGUUUUAUUUUCUUCUGCAAAUAAACAUUUGUUUGUAGAUAUUUGCUGUUGUUAGUUUUUUAAUGUUGUCAACAAUUAAACUUUUGUUCCUGGUCUGA